GUGGUGGCAGGCUUAAUAAUCCUCUGGCCAAAAGUGUUUCAUUUAUUUUUAUAGCUCCCAUGUCUGUGUGGCCUUUAUACUGUGCGGUGGGGAGGGAAUGGGGGCCAAAUAAUUAUAUUAUAUGGGGACCUAUGAUUUCUAAUGGUGGCCCUGCGUGCCGAAACCAAAUUGAGCGGUGAACCUUGACCCUUUGGAUUUAGUUUAAGGGCUCCAUUAAGCAGAUUCAUACAAAUAGACCCUAAUUUUUGUAUUUUGGGUGAUUUUACGUGCUGUGUUUUUUUUAAUUGCCUAAACACACAACACCAAAACACCCAACUUUGCCCUGUUUCCUGGGCUACUACAAAAUACGAUGGACAGGCCCCAAAUCCCUCAUGCCAUUGCCCUUAGACAAAGAUUUCUUUAUCCACAUUACAGAAUGGACACUUGCCCACACUUUCAUCACAUGUUUAAAGGUCAAACUUAUCUUACAGUUUAUUACACAUAUUUAGAAAGCACCAACAUAUCCCUCAAUGCUGUACAAUCAAUGGGUUUAUACAUUAACUUUACAAGAAUACAAAAAAACACAAUCCAAAAAUGUAAAGAGGACCCUGCCCAAAAGAAAAUCUCAGUAUGUUGUAGAUGGACAUAAUGAAAGCAAUUUAGAAGUUAUUUGCAUCAAUCUGUCCUCUGGUUCCUGGUGUCAGUGAUUGUAAGACUAGAUUUUUGCUAAUGGCACAUGCUGCUGCUAUUGGUUGUAUGUCUCACUGCUGCUAGUCACAUGAUUCUCCUGAGUAAACUGUUGGUUGUCAACUGCCACUGCCCAACUGUCUUUUGGACGGUGGAGAGAGAGGGAGCGAGCGAGAGAGAUUUCCACAUUGGAUGCUAUAAAGAAGACAAAUUUUGGAUAAAACGACAUAGAAUUACAAUAAAAGGAGAAGGAGAAGGAAGGCGAAGAUGAAGAAGAGGAAAAAGAGGAGUUUGACUCCAGAAGAGAGAGAACUUCCACAGGAUGAAAGUGGGAAGAAGAAGGAGAAGAAAGCCAAGAAGCAAGAUGCAGAAGAGAAGACCAACUACAGUCGAAAUAGGAAGAAAAGACACACUGAGAGUAAAAAAACAAUCCGUGUAGGGGAGAAGCCCCCUGAAGAUGGAAGGAAUAAAAGAAAAGCUGUUAAAAAAGAUCAAACAAAGAAGAGAAAAGAAAGUCUCUCAGAUGUGAGCAGUAAACCUGAGAGCAAGAAGAGAAGACAAGAAGAGAAAGAAGAAACAACUAAAAGUAAAAAGAAAACCGGCUUAGAAGAGAUGAAAAUUCCUCAGAGCAGCAGAAGAAGGAAGGAGCAGGACAAGAGGAAAAGACCAAGGAGCCCAGAAGAUCCAUUGGAAGGUGGAAGUGGAAGUGCACCGAAGAAAUCCCAUGUGGAUGGGAAAAGACCAGCCCCCCUGGACAUACAGAGGUACAAAUUCCACCAAGAGCUAGGAGAAGGCACGUUUGGACAGGUGAUGUUGGCAUCAUAUACACCGAAGAAACAACUUGUGGCAAUGAAGACGGUGUCCAAACAACCCAGCAAGGGCAACUAUACCUGCAUCAUGAAGGAGGCCCGACUCUUGAAGAUCGCCAGAGGAUGCCCCUUUCUAUGCCAUUCUCAUGCCACGUUCCAGUCCGAGCUGCAUGCCUUCUUCGUGCUCGAGUAUGCCGGUGGGGGAACACUGCACAAAGUUAUUGCAGACCAAGGAAAUCUGUCAAUGAAGAACAUCCAAUUCUACACUGCAGAGAUGGUGAUAGCCCUACAGUUCCUUCACUCCAAUGGCAUCAUUCACCGUGAUCUGAAGCCUGAAAACAUCUUGGUGGAUAACAACGGGCACAUCAAGAUCUGUGACUUCGGCCUCGCUGUUGAAGGAAUGAUCGGCGGAAAGAAGAUCAGCGGAUUGACAGGAACACCUGGAUACCGUGCGCCGGAGGUUUUGUCAUUGGAGAAGUACGAUGCUGCAGUGGACUGGUGGUCCUUCGGGGUCAUCAUGUACGAAAUGGCCACCGGCAGACAGCCAUUUGCCCCAUCACUGGUUUCUGCACAGGAGUUGUUUCAGAUUAAGGAGAGAAAGCUUGAAUACCCGCGUCACAUGAGCCAGGAAAUGCUGGACCUUCUGCCAAAGCUUCUGGAGAUGAACAAGAGCAAACGCUUAGGAGUAAAUGGCAACAUCAGGAAGCACUCAUUCUAUGCCAGAAUGAACUGGAGUGAGCUGGAAAACAGAAAAAAAAAGGCACCUUUCCAGCCCAAAAUUCUACCAGCAGAUAAGUUACCAGUCAUACAUCCAGGGUUCUGCGCUGAGACAUCUAAGAGAGCUAAUGUGGAAGGCUUCUCCGAAGUGGAUUCCAACUGGAAAUGGCAGGAGUAAAGUGUUUUCUGUGCUCAUGUGGACUUACCUCAAACUCCCUGUACAGCAAGUGAUGACGGCAACGUACCAUUCAUGGCCAAUUCCAUCAAUGAACAUCAGAUCUGCCGUCUACUGUCUACUGCAAGUGUACAAGUGUCUGUCUCUACAGCCAACUACACCAACACCACAUGGGAUCCUUGACAGAAAGUAGAAAGAACUCGAGGCAUAGUGCACACAGUACAUCACAGGAGGCCCCACCAGAAGAAAGGAAUAGCUGCAAUCCGGACUUUCUAAAUGGACUUUCUAAACAGACCCUUGGAUAAGGGUAAAAAUGUAUACUGGACAUACAGUGCACUUAUGGUAAUCCAGUGCACUGUUAAUUAACACCGUUCAGUGUACUUCAGUUUCUUUAUAUAAGGUAAGGUUUAGGGGUAAGUAUAGCAUUAAGUAAGUUUACUUCCUUUUCUAACUUCCAUCCCAUUGUUUUACUGUUUUCUUAUAGAUAGGAUGUUAUAUAGAAAUAGAAAUGUUAGGAUUCCUUCUCAUCUUUAAUCUUGUCCCAUUCUUUUCUUUUACCAUUUUCUUUUCUCAUUUUCCUCUUUUCUCUUUUCCUCUUUUUCAACUUUAAUGUACUGUAAGUUAAGGUAAAAAAGGGUGGGUGGUAUCUUAUAUUGGAAUAGGAAUGUUACAAUUGUUUCUUGCUCUUCUUUUAUGCUCUCCUGUCUUUUCCCUGUAGUUUGUAGCACAUACUGUACAUUAAAUGUAAAGUUUAUGGGUAAAGGUAUACAGGAUAUGGCAGUGGUUAUGUGGGAUAAGGGAUAUAUGUAUAUAAAUAUGGGAUAUAGGUACUAUAAGGGUUAUAGUAAAGGGAUAUGGGAAUAGUGAUGUUGAAUAAGGGAUAUAUGUAUAUAAAUAUGGGAUAUGGGUACAAAAAGGGUUAUAGUAAAGGGAUAUGGGAAUAGUGAUGUUGAAUAAGGGAUAUAUGUAUAUAAUUAUGGGUUAUUGGUACUAUAAGGGUUAUAGUAAAGGGAUAUGGGAUUAGCUAUGUGGGAUAAGGAAUAUGCCAUAUCCUGAUAGAAAUUUGCAGCAAAUCAUAACAGUAAAUUAACUGCUGAAGAAACACCACUUUCAGCCUGUUUACACUGUGAUUUGCUGCAAUAAGUAUGAAAGGUAUGAAGUGGUGUGUGAAUGUAAAUAGGGAUCCCCAUUGCACCAAUGUAGAAGAUGAACAUAGCGCACCUUCUGAUUGGCUGCAAGUUUAAUUUAGUUCACCAUUAAAAUGUAGAAAAAUCUGAUGAGGCCAUCCGUAUGCUUGUGCCUCUUUGUCCCAAUAGGAGGGAGUAAUAUUGCAGCAGAUAGAGCUGCAGAUUGUAGGCCCCUUUUUAAAAAGUAAAAUAAGCCCAUUAGAGUUGUGAAUGUGAAGGUGUAAAGUUUUAGGAUCAAAGGAAUAAGAAUAGACUAGGCAGAGCUGUAGGUCCCUAAAUGCUGAGUAGCCACAACUCCCUCCUUCCCCUCCCCACCAUGAAUCAUAUAUUAGUCAAGAUAAAUAGGCCCAUAAUAAUCCUCAUCCCCCAUAACCAGGCCUUUUAGAUAAUAAAGGCUGCUGGUAUUCAUAGUUAGUAGAAAGUUGAUCCAGGGACUGGUCCGAUUGCCGUUUUGGAGUCAGGAAGGAAUUUUCUCCCCAUCUGAAGCAAAUUGGAGAUGGCUAAAGAUGGGGUUUUUUGCCUUCCUCUGGAUCAUCUAUUAUAAACCUGAUGGACACGCUCACCCUCAAUUACUGUGUAACGGUGUCCUUAAUUCAUCAAUAGGAUCCAUCAAAUUCUUACUGAAUAGGGAAGUACUAGGGGAAUUAUAUAGUUAGUAAAGCAGUGGGGAGUGGAAUUCCAGUCUCACUGACCAUGGGAUUUGCCACAGGGACAGAGAAAAUAGUGAGUGAAUGAGUGAGAGCAUGUGGGUGUGCGGAAGUGUGUGUUAUUGUAGAUUAUCCAUUGGGGAACUUUUGUUCCUUACACCUCACAGUCUGAUCUGAGGAGGAGGGGUCCCAUGACGGCUUAUAUCAGCCGGUAUCUGGCCAGAUAGGGAACUAUUGCAGCAAGUCAUCGGGUGAGCCAUUUGCUGCAAUAGGUGUGUGAAUGGA